AUGAAAGAAUUUUGUGAUCUAACGUGUGUGGGUAAAUUAGGCGAAGGCAGUUAUGGUGAAGUUUGUUUAAUUUAUGACUUCAUUACCAAACGACAGUUAGCAUUGAAGAAAAUAGAACUUUCCAAUUGUCCAGUCCAUGAACGGGAAGAGGCCAUGAACGAAGUGCAUUGUUUAGAGGAUAUACAUCAUGAUCACGUUGUUCAGUUUGUUCAUUCAUACCUCAUAGACCAUACACUAUUUAUAGUUACAGACUUUUGUGAAGCAGGGGAUUUACAAUAUUUUAUGGGUGAUUUAAUCGAUGAACAUUUACCAGAAGCUCUUAUUAUAACUUGGACAGCACAAAUUGUGGAUGCAUUGGAGUGGAUGCAUAAAGAUUAUAUGAAGAUAAUCCAUCGAGAUUUAAAACCUUCUAAUAUUUACCUUACUCGUAAAGGAGAUGUCAAACUUGGUGAUCUUGGACUUUCAACUAUUUUAGACCAUUCCGAUGAAGUUGUAAAGAAAUGGGUAGGAACACCAUAUUACAUGAGUCCAGAAGUUUUUACCUAUACAGGUUAUAAUGAAAAGACUGAUAUUUGGAGUUUAGGAUGUAUUGUAUAUGAGAUGGCAGCUAGAGAGAGAGCUUAUGAUGCUCCAUAUCUUAAUUUUUUAUUGUUAAAAGUCAUUAAUAAUGACCCACCAACAAUACAAGAUUUUUAUAGUGAAGAUCUACGUGAGCUCUGUAGAAUAAUGUUAGAGAAAGAUAAAACAUUACGUCCCAGUGCUGAACAGAUAUUACAGAUGGACAUUAUACAACAACAUUUAAAUAAGAGGGUAUGUUCCUUUCUUCAAUUUGAACCAUAA